AUGGGGUUAGACUAUCUGGCUCAAAAGAUGAUUUCAGAUGACCGCUUAUCUCCACCCACUCGGAAUAGAUUCAUGAAAUCCAGGGAACUGAGUAGAAUGAAAGGUUACAUAGCUUGGGUUUUCCAUAUACUGCUUUUGGGGAAUGACCUUUCUCCUGAGAGAUUGAAGAACAGAAUAACCAGUAUGAAUCGUUUUGUAGAGGCCAGUGUAUCCAUCAUGGAAGAUGAAGUGAAGACACAGGUUUCUCUUUUAGCUCCACAGAGGCGCUCAAGUGGAUACGCAAGAAUAGUGACAGAGAGCUAA